GGUACAUAGAAAACUGGAGUACCCGCGUCAGUCAUGUAAUCGCCACGAAGUAAAAUGGAUUACGGAAAUAUAGUUUGUGCCUAAUUUAUUUCCCUUCGCCCUCUGAACGUUACAGUGGCGAACGAGGAUUAGUUUAAAACGAGGAGUGCGUCUGUGUCGGGUUAUCCUCCAUCAUGUCGAUCGGAAAAGUGAAGGAAUUCGAUAUAAAAAGCGGGGUGUGGUCGUCAUACGUCGAGCGGCUUGAGAUGUAUUUUACAGUUAAUAAUGUUAAGAGUGACCUCAAGCUACCUACGUUGAUAGCGGUGAUGGGAGAUGAGGCUUACGAGCUUCUAGUCAACCUGUCCAGCCCAAAGAAACCGUCAGAGUUGAAAUAUGAGGACGCAAUCGAGUUAUUACGUCGGCAUUUACAACCGGCUCCUUCAGUUUUGGCAGAGAGAUUCAGAUUUAGACAGAGAAGACAGGCGGCGGACGAGAAUAUAGCCAGCUAUGUCGCCGAGUUGAAGAAGUUGACGCGCCAUUGUAAGCUGGGGGAUAAUUUGAACGAGAACCUGCGAGACCAGUUCGUGUGCGGAUUGAGGAGCGAUCUCAUCCGACAAAGGUUGUUCGCGGAGGAGGAAACGAUUAGUUUCGCCAACGCGGUGAAACUCGCCAACUCGUUAGAGGCCGCGGAACGGGACGCGGCGGCAGUGGACACGGUGGGAGCGGCGGAGGCCGCCGGGGCAGCGCGCGGCGCGGACGGCGCCGCGGCCGCGGCCCUCCAUACGAUGGCCGGGACGGAGAACGGGCGGUGGCGGCGGUCGGCCGCGCGCGCCCGAAGUGUGCAGGACCAGAGUGCGGCGCGGAACGGCGCGGGAGCGCGAACCAGGAGCAGUGUGAAGGGGACAGGGUACCGUUGUAAAGGUUGCACGUCCACGCUCCACAGCUAUGAAGCCUGUAGAUUCCGGGAUUACGUGUGCUCCCGGUGUCAAUCCCGGGGCCAUAUUCGGCGCGCCUGCGUUCAGAAGGCCGGCGCUGGCUCGGGAAGGUUCAAUGCGGUGCACUACGGGGACGCGGAAGGAAUAGCCAGUGAGGAGGAAAUGGAAAGUGAUUUCCACCAUCUCGGUUUGAAUGAUUACAAGGCGGUGAGUUUGCCAGUGCUUAUAGAUAAUGUUGAGGUCAAGAUGGAGGUAGAUACGGGAACUGCGGUUUCGUAUAAAGAACUGUUUAGCGGCGGUCUGGGUCGGUACUCCGGAGGCAAGGCAACCCUAAGGGUGCGCGAGGGGGCGACUCCCGUGUUCCACCGUGCUCGGGCCCUGCCGUACGCCCUGCGCGAUCGCGUCGAUGCCGAGCUCGACGCGAUGCUGCGGGAUGGAGUCAUCGAGCCUGUGGACUGUUCGGACUGGGCUUCGCCUCUUGUACCGGAAUGCGAGCGGGCGUUCAAAGAAGUUAAGACCUUAUUAACUAGUGCAGAGGUGUUAUCGCAUUAUGAUCCCGCGCGGCCACUUAUCGUAACAUGCGACGCGAGCGCGAAGGGCAUAGGUGCAGUCCUCUCUCAACCGAGUCGGAAUGGGGACUGUGAGCGACCGGUGGCCUACGCAUCGCGGACACUAAAUGAUGCAGAAAAAAAUUAUUCCCAAAUACAUCGCGAAGCGCUUGCAAUUAUAUUUUCCGUUCAUAAGUUUCAUCAAUAUUUAUAUGGUCGGCAUUUUACCUUGCGUACCGACCACAAGCCUUUAGUGUCGAUCUUUGGCCCACACACGGGGAUACCGACGAUGGUGGCUAGCCGUAUGCAGCGCUGGGCUAUUAUUUUAUCCGCGUACACAUUCGAUAUCGAGUACGUGCGUACCGAUAAGAACGGGGCGGACGGUUUGUCGAGGUUACCGAUGACAGGUAAACAACUCACGGCUCGGCAGGUACCGGAGCAGACUUACUUACACUUUAUCCAGGAAGCUUUGCUGUUAGAUUACAAUGAGAUAAAAAAACAUACGACUAGGGACCCAGAUUUAUCGAAAAUACUUAGUUACUUACGGGACGGUUGGCCCACGGAGAAUAGUAUUACUAAUUUGCAACCUUAUUUUAAUCGCAAAAAUGAGUUAUAUGAAGAGCUGGGAUGCGUGAUGUGGGGUCAUAGGUUAGUGGUUCCGGAGACAUGUAGGGAUAGAGUGUUGAAAAUGAUUCAUGAGCCUCACAUGGGAAUAGUGAAAUCUAAGUCUUUAGCACGCAGUUACGUUUGGUGGCCUUCGUUAGACGAGUCUAUACAACGUGUAUGCCAAGGAUGCGAGGUAUGCGCGGCGCAGGCGGACGCGCCGCCGAAGCAAGCCGUACGUAUGUGGCCGUGGCCUAACAGACCUUGGUCACGGAUCCACCUGGAUUUCAUGGGCCCUAUUUUUGGAAAAACGUAUUUAGUGAUCGUAGAUGCAACGUCUAAAUGGAUAGAAGUAUUCCAGGUGCCGAAUACGGCGUCUACGGUAGUUAUUGACAGACUUACGGAGUUAUUCAGUAGAUUCGGGUUAGCUAAACAGAUAAUAACAGACAAUGCGAGCUAUUUCGCCAGCACGGAGUUUAGGAAUUUUACACAAAGUAACGGGAUCGAGCAUAUUUUUACGGCUCCGUACCACCCCGCCUCGAACGGUUUAGCGGAAAACGCAGUGAGAACACUAAAACGCGUGAUUAAGAAAGCGGUGUCAGAGAGACAGAACGUAGACAGGGCUCUCUGGACCUUUUUGAUGCAUUAUAGGAAUACGGAACAUUCGACCACCGGGGAGUGCCCCGCCAUGUUGCUGUUAGGUAGGCGGCUUCGGACCAAACUAGACGCUUUAAAACCGGAUAGGGAGAGGAAAGUAGCUAAGGUACAGCAACAUCAAAGAGAAAUGGCGAAAGGAGUAGAAAGGGAGGUAAAACCAGAGGAUGAAGUGUGGUAUAGGCAGUAUCUUAAGAGAGAAAAGUGGGUCCCGGGUCAGGUCGUGGAAUGUACCGGUCCAAGCAAUUAUAAAGUCAGAGGUCAGGAUGGAGACUUAGUUCAUAGGCACAUCGAUCAGCUUAAGAAACGGUCCACCAGGUUUUCUCUCGCUUGUCCUACUACAAGCUUAAAUCAGGAGUCUAGCACAGAUCCUCAAUCGCCGGCGGCUUUAUCGGAGCAGGUCCAGCCGGAGCGGUCCACACGAGGUGACAUUGAAGCGCCAGUUACACCGGGUAGCUCGACAGGGUCAGAUAAGGUCCAUACGAAUACUCCGGCUUCACCAGAGUUCCAAGAUGCCGUGGAGAGUAACGAGUCUCCGGCUCAGACCCGCCGCCGCAGUACCUCACCGGCUCACGCAAUAACGCCGGAGCCGCGUCCACUGAGACAAUGUAGAAUAAGGAAACCUUUUAAUAAACUUUGA